AUGGCGACACUAGAUAUAAGAGAAGACUCUUUCCCGGCUCAGAGCCGGGCAGCCUCUGGAUUAGUCAACGGCGUUCCUACAGAAGUCACACUAUUGGAAUUCUCCGACAAGAUUUUAAUCACAAUUAGCCAGGAGGGGCGACUGGCGCAAUGGAUUCAAGUCCCUAUGAUGGGAACCACUGCGGGCAUUGUUGAUAUGGCCCUGCCGAGUAGUAACCACGGCCUGCUCCCUGCCACUCACCUUGCCCCCAAGACCCUCUUGGGAGGUGGAGGUGACGACAGAGAAACUCUAGGACAGCUUUACGCCUCACAAAUUGCUAGCCACAUUUCCUUGAAGUCUCCGGAGGAGAGGCGGACGCUUGUAUUCGGAUUUGGGCUCGCAAAGGCCGAGAAGGAGCAGGAGGCCUUUUUUGACCUCUUUGAGCUGGCUCUCAAGGUGCUAUAA